AUGGUUGCUCAACGACGAUACUCCGUCACCGGCCAGACGCCGCCAGACGAUGCCGAAGCCCUGAAAGCGCGUUCCCCGAAACUCGAGGCCCUUGAUACCAGCGUCUCGACGACGAGCUGCGGGCUCUGCGAAGGCGGGAGCGACACCACCAAGCUGGGCCCUGCAGCCAGCGACGACAGCUGCGGAGCAGACCAGCUGCGAGGCCGGAAAAUGGCUCAGACGGGCACCAUUGUGCAGACAUCGAGUAAACGUUCAGCUACGCAGCUGCCCUCGCCCAACUCGCCGUCACUGGAACUGCCACCCAAGAUUGCAAGAUACAGAGCGGCCCUCCUCCACCAUGUAGACACGAAUGUGCCUGGGAGCGCGGACAUGGAUACGGAUACACACUCAGACUCGGACUCGGAUGUCUUCGCUGAGGCUAGUGAGCGCGAAACAGUGGGCUUGGGCUUGGGCUUGGGCUUGGAGAGCAUGGCAGCAUCGGUCCCCUCUACGCCGGGCUACUCGCAGUCCUCGAGUGUCUUCAGCGCUGCUGGCGAAGGACUGGAGGAUGACUGUAUGGAGCAUCUUGCCCUGUCGCCUCCACACUCGAGAAAUCACAGCCUCACCCGUGGUCGGCUCGAGGAGAAGCAUGCGCUGCAACAGAAUUGGGCUGCCUUUGUACUACCAGAGCCAAAGGCUCUUCACCUCGAACAAGUCGAAACACUACCCACGGACAACCGCCAUGUCCCACGGACAUUGCUUACCCUCCCGCCCGAGAUCCGCCACCAAGUCUACCGCAACUGCGAUAACCUCAUCCUCGAAAAGCCACUCGUAUACUGCAUCUCCACCUUUGAUGGUGAGAUGCAACACCCCCUCGCCUCCGUCUCCCACCAAGUCCGCUCCGAAGCCCUCGCCAUCUUCUACAGCUACAACACCUGGGUAAUCAAGGUCGAGUUCAGAAUGAUGUACGAAGCCUUCCAAGACUGGAUCAUCCGCCUCGGUCACGGCGCCGGCCUGCUCCGCCUCGUCAGCUUCUCGGUGCGCGGCUCGCUGUUCAAGCCUAAGCGGACGCAUACGCAGAGUGUUCUGUUGCACGGGCAGUUGAUCCAUACCCCUCCUGGCGGUGCCGCGGAUACGGGAAAUGAGGUCGACUUGUACUGCCCACCGGACGGGGAUGCGAGUUUCAAGAUUGAUCUGAGUGAGAAGUUUGUGCGUGGCAAGGUGAUGCUUGUACGAAAUGAUGGCACCAAAGAGGCGGGCGAGAAGGCGCGGGUCUGUUUGGAAAAAAUGGUAGCGGGGCUUUGGGAGAAGAAACGAAUUGGCACCCUGAAUGGGCAGGACUGGGUUAACAUGGUGGAUAGCUUCAUCACUUUCAUUGACGGAUGGUAA